ACUCAGCUACAAGAUACUUCACCGAAUUCGGUCUAAUAAUGUUUCGCUUGCUUUUGGCAUUAAUUUAUGCAUUUUCUUUCCCAUAUUUUAUAUGUAUGGGUACUCUGGAAAGUCAAGAAGCAUGGAGAAAGACAGUGAAGGGACGAGUAAUGUCCAACGUCAGCAUGACACUCUACUGGUGGAUCCAACAACACUUUCCGUAUGAACUAGUCAGGGACGAGGCCGAAUGGGAUGCGAUUGGCGGUGAUGUGUACGAGGAGUUUGAAUUUGAAUAGCUUUCAUAAAAAGGCGGAAUAAAAUACUGUGAAAUAUUUGUAAUCUGCCAAAGUUUCAAGUACAUCAUUUUGAUUUGUAAGUUACAAUUACAUAGAUUAUUUAAUUAAUUGGUACAUAUAAUUGCUUUUAGUAUAUUACACAUAUUAGGUUUAAAACAUUAUGUAUGUUAUCUAUAUUCAAUCGUAUACAACUUCAUGACUUUAGUUCGUGUAUUUUUGCUGAGUAAGUAUGAUUCCGAAGCAAAAAGUGAGGUCAUCACAAUGGACGCAGAUAUCUUGUAC